AUGGACGAAGACACCGCCAAGAAACCGCGAGUGUCUCGGGCGUGCGAGCCCUGCCGCAAGCGCAAAACCCGAUGCGACGGCCAGAGACCGGCCUGCAACAACUGUCUGGGCUCGGGUCGAGACUGUAUGUACACCGAGGUGGUGCAAAAACGCAAGGCCAAGGUGACCAAGGAAAACAACUCGCGGUCGUCCAAGUCGCGCCUCGACAGAAUUGAAUCGCUGCUCGACAAGGUGCUACGACGUCUGGGUGACGACCGACUGGGAGAUGCCGCAGACAUCAUUCUCAGACACAACGGCUCCGAGUUUGUGUCUCGACGAGCGUCUCCCCAGAGCGACUCGGAAUCCGACAACGAAACCAGCGAAAACAGCGAAGAUGAACCCCGAACUUCGUCGAAAAACGAAUCAACAUCCUUCAUCUACCCGUUCAAGGCCCCCAGCUCCGCCCAACGAGGAGACACCUUCUCGCACACGAUGGAACGGUGCCAGGAUCGAGCCUUCGGUGGAUCCUCCGUCUUCGCCGUCUUCUCGCCCUCAGGCCUCCAAUGGCUGUCUGAUCGAGCAGGAUCGCCAGGAAUCAAACAACACAUGCUCGGAGUCUUCACAAAGGUAUUUUCAAAGAUGCAUCUCAAACUCCGAGACUUCGUCGAGCCUAUCCCCGAGCCGCUGCUACCCGAUAUGCCCGAGGAAUACGUGGAGGCCCUGACCAACCACUUCUUUGACGCCGUCAACUACAUUUCCGGUAUUCUGGACAGAGAAGACUGGAACCAGAUUGUGGCAGCCUUCUACAACAAGCCCGGAUCGAGACCCAAUGGCUACGCGGAGCUCUACCUCUUCUGGACCCUCGUUCUCAUCACCACAGACUUCCUACACUCGGUGGUGGAAGAAUGCAAGGUAGCUUCUGCCUGUUUUACCAGAGAGUCGAUACUUACGCUCAGAAAAGCUGCCCUGGCAAAUUCGAUAUUCUUCUACACUCGCAUCAUGUCCCUCGGAGGGUCUUUCCACGCGCUUCAGGGGACUCUUCUUUUGGCCAUGUACUUUUUCAGCACUCCUAUUCCUCACGGAGUACACCUGGCCGUCAACACAGCAGCUAGACUGGCUAUAGAUCUCGGAUUACAUCGCCGAGAAGGAUACACGCACCUCCCACCAAAAGUGGCUCGGUUGAGAAUGCGAAACUGGUGGUUGGUGUACACUAUGGAUCGAGAUCUGUCUCUACGAUCAGGUAUUCCCCCUGUCAUUCACGACAACGACGUUUCCACCCCGUCGCCGGACUCGUGUGACGUCGGAGAUGACGAGGGCAUUGAUUACAUCAAAUGGGGUGACGGCCACAAAACGUCAUAUGCCCAGUUGUUGCAUGGUUUGUCUCGAAUCUCCUCUAAAGUGUACAGUCAACUCUACAGUGCAUCCGCCGCACGCAAGUCGCCCGAAAAGAUCUCCGAGUGCAUCAUCAAGCUUGAUCGCGAGCUGACUCAAUGGCGAGAGUGUCUGCCUGCUCAUCUUCGGCCUGGAACUGAUGUCAUGGUCUUUGAUUGCUCCAAGGGCUAUGCAGACGUUCACGAGGCUGACAACUCGAUGCGAUCUCAGAUUGUCGAGUGGCAUUCGCAGUUCAACUCUCUGUGGGUACAUUUCAACUACUACUUUCUGCAAUCGGCUAUUCACAGAACCUCCGUAUAUCAUCCCACUUGGUACAAUCGCAAGAUUCUCGGCAAGGGAGAAAAGACCGGAAACACUCCCAAUGGAGGCACUCCCAUGAGCGCGUCUUCUCAUGAAGAUACCAACAAGGGCAGUCCCAACCCCCGACUGUUUUCAUCUCACUCCAUUUGUGUCCAGGCUGCUCGAAAUACAAUCUAUCUGACGAGGAACAUCCCCGUCAAGCUCAUGUCUUGUUUCUGGUCGUUUUCCUUCUUUUUGCUGAGCGCAUUUACGAUUCUGCUGAUCCACGUGCUUCAGCGACCCCUAGAAGCGACCAUUCGAGCCGAUCUGGAGCUCAUGAAGAUUGCCAUUGACUUUCUCAAGUCACUGCCUGACGGCGAGGAGUUCAGCUUUCUGCUUGUCUUCACCGAGUUUUACGACGUGGCGGUCAAAUUUGUGGACACUGCUCAGGAGCGACACAAGAAGCAGGAGGCUGGCGAAAAGCUGGACCCCAACACUGCUCUAGACAAGCUUGUCUACUCCACACCCACAAGCAUACCUCCUAAUGUGUCUUCCAGCCAGCCUCAGCUUCCGCAGCAGCAGCUUCCGCAGCAACAACACCAGCAGCAGCAGCCGCAGCAACAACAGGCGUCUCAGCAACCCCAACAACAUGCGACGCCGUCUUCUGUUGAUAGUACAUACAACAUGAUGGUGAACGACUUUUAUCCUCAGCAGCAGCAGACAGCUGCCCAGACCAGUUAUGCUCCCGUCGACUACCCUCAGGGCCAGCCUGAUGUCUUGCCUGAGAUGUACUCGAGGCCGGGCAAUGAGUGGUACUUUGACAUGUAUCAGAGUGGUUUCAUGGAUUAUGGAAACUACAAUUAUGAGGGGUAA